AUGUGUCAAGGCGCCUACUUACUCAGUGAGAACUGCUUUCCAAAUUUUAUCAACUCAGUGCUGUGCGAUAAACGUGAGAUCGGGUGCAUUUUUGACUUUUCAGACAGACCACAUGGAACAUGUCGAGAAGAACCCCUAACACUGCCUGUGUUGCGGAAUCAUGGCAGUUCCGAAUGUGAAGAUUGGAUUCCAUAUGAGAUCCAGGUGCAGUUCACUGGUGCUCAGCCGAGUAACUCGAUGAUUAAUAAGAUUACAAAUUAUGUUCCACAACCUUUCUUUCGUUGA